CGCUGUUCAUUGAACGCUGCCGCUACGAUUGCGACACGUCGCAUCGAUUAAAAACCCACCCAGCUCAGUUUUUGUGCAGCCCAGCCCGGUUUUCCUUGGACCGAUUAAUGCCGAUUCAAUUGAAACCCAAUUGCCGGUUUUUCAAGUCUGAAUUUUUGUUUUACUUUUGAAAUAUUUUGAUAUCUGUGCAUGCAACAGAAUUGUGACACGUCAACCUAGGAGUUUUAGAGUUGCUGUCGGAAUCAAGCUUGUACACGUUUCGAGUAUUUGACGGUCCGAUUUUGGGAGAAUUAUGCUGAACCGUUGGAUCUGCAAGAUUUCAUGGAUUUGCAAGAUUCCUUUGCAACUAGGGUUUUAUGUGCAAGGAUAGACGAAACCUUCUGGGGAGACUUUAAAUUGAAAUGAAGUUAAAGCUUUGAAUAUCCAAAUUCCAUUGUCAACGUUACUUUGAUACGAUGGAAUUUUCAAGAUGCAGACCCAAUGUUGAUUUGUUCACAAUAGCUCGAUUGUGGUAUCUGGACGAUAUUAGAGAGCUAUUAUCAGUUGCAAACAUGUCUCUUAUGAGGAACUCUUGUUUUGGCCAUUUAUUCGACAUAGGUCCUCUAAAUUUUCAGGGAGAAUUGUUAAUGUUGUUGUGCAAGAGGCUACAUUCUAAUAGCUUAGAUCUUAAUACACUAUUGUUUAAGUUUGGUGAUCGCACUGUCGAAUUUGGACGUUCAGAAUUUUGUUUAUUGACAGGACUGAAAUUUAGUGGUAGUUUUAUACUCCCUAAUGAAUCGGAAUUCCAUUCUACCGCAUUUGCGAGUCGUUCCACAGUGUUUUUUGGUGAAAUUGAAACUGAAUUUCGGAAUGAAUGCGCUAUAAGUGGAGGUAAUUCAGCAAGGAGUCUGAAGUUAGCAUACGCAUUCAUUAUUUACGGUUUAUUUCUGAUGAAUAACCCUCACAAUGGAAGAGUAGAAUUGGGUUACAUGCAUAUAUUGGAUGAUCUGGAUAAGUUUAAUGAUUUUCCGUGGGGUCAUGUCGCGUACGAGUAUCUUGUGAAAUCUACACAUAUGUUGAAGAGACAGUUGUCUACAUUAGCACAUGAAAGUGGGAACGUGACAUUCGAAGCGUAUGGAUUUGUCUUUGCCUUAAAAUGUUGGGCUUACGAAGUAAUUCCGCCGCUAGCUACAGUUUGUGCAGAGUUGAAUAUAGAGCACUUAGCAUCAUUUCCUAGAAUGCGCAGAUGGUCGGCUACUUCAGAUUUGAAGUCCAUUGGCGAGGGUUUGACAAAGUUCUUCCUGCCAGAUCAGGGUUGUGACCCCGUUCCCAUGUCAUUGUCUUCAACGGAAAUUAUAAGAUUGACAGAACUUGGCAUCUCUUCGCCUUUGGUUGCAUCGCCUCCUUCAUUUAAUCUAUCAAGGAGCGUAGGGCGGAAGCUUGAGUUCAGUAGUGUCGAGCGUUGUGAACCAAGCUCUAAGAAUCAACCACGCAAGAGGAAGAGUUCAGGUCUUGGCAGCUCACCAUUGAGCAAUCCGUCUACGAAGUCAAAGGCUGGUGUUUCUUCUUCGAUGAAAAAAGCAAAGGCCCCGAAGAAAUAUAUGCCGCAAAAUAAAUUGAAGGGGAAAUUGGGAUGCUAUCCUAACAAUGGAACACCGCCUAGUGAAGGCAAUUCGAAUGCAAAUGUUUUGACACCUGAUAAUGAUACCAUCAGUCGCAAUGGUGAAAACAACGAGUUAAGAUUCUUGAUCCUAAGCUUGAAAGGUCAAAUGAAAUGCCUAGAAGAAUUCAUGGACUUGAAAUUCAAAAUGAUAGAAGGUUCAAUUGAUAAGCUGUCAUUUAAGGCCGCAUGUUCGGGUUCGGCGAAAGUUGGUUUUGUGAAUGGCGAAGUGGCUAACGGUGGUGCUGUGGUGGACGAGUAUGUUGAUGUUGAUGCAUCUCCACAAAUUCAUAAUCCCUUUGCUGUUAAAUGCGAAGAUGUUGGUGCAUCUUCGAGUAGAGCCGAGGUCAACAAUGAGGAUCUGAAGGGUGGGCAGGUUGCACAUGAUCCCAAUGACCUCGACUUGUCGUAUACCGAAUUGAAGCCUUAUCUUGCGUGGACAAACAAAACAGAUAAUUGUAGCAGAGAUAAUCAUGUACUUCUCCCAACGAACAUCUUGCGGUAUGCGGAUUUGAGUUGGUUCAAUACCUUGUGGAGGCAUGAUGGUUGGCUGGAAAACACGCACAUAGAUGCUCUUAUAAACUUACUUAUCAUCCGUUUCGAUAAGGGUUCUACGACACCCCGACGUAGGUGGACAUGCAUGGAAGUUUCUUGUUGGCAAGCUCUCACCAAAAGCAAGAUAGAAGAUAUUGUUCCUGUUGUUAUGCCUUACGUACGUGGGAGUCGGCCGAUAAGUGGCGGAUUACAAUGGAUAAACGCUAGCCAUGUAUUCGGAAUUGCGAACAUCAACAACUGCCAUUGGGUGUUCUUUGACAUCUCUCUAGAACAGCAAGUCAUCACCGUUUAUAAUUCGGUGGCCCAAGAUUGGGACUUCGUCUUGGCACAUUUUGAAAAUGUCCGUAAGAACUUACCCAUUAUCUGCGGUAUGGGUGGUAUGUGGGAGCAUUCGAAACUGCCGAGGAAACCCUUGAAUUAUGUGUGGGACGUCGUUGAAUACCCCAACCCGCCACGGCAGCUUAAUGAACACGAUUGCGGUGUAAUGGCUUUGAAAUACAUGGAGUGCACUGCAUUUGGCGUUCCCGUUACAAAGCUGAUGGCAAAGCGUUGUGACAAAUUUCGCCGGAGAUAUUGCGCGAAGCUCUUUGAGCUAUCGGAAGAGCAAAAGCGAAAUAGCAGCGAAUAAUGGGGGUGUGACAAGCUUUUGAUUAUUUGACCGUGACUUUGAAGUGUCUAACAUGAAUCCAUUUUGUUGGCUGAAUGUGUUUCUAUUUAUUGACCUAAGCAUAUAAUUGCAGACCUGAUAUGCUUGACUAACGUGUAUGUUAUUGCAAACCUAUUAGGCUUGAGUUUAAGGAUGUUUGUUGUUACUGUUUCAUCUGGUCCUUUUCUUCUGCUAAUUUAUGUAAUCA